UGCAAAGUAUCUGCCAGUAGUAGAAGUUUCCCCGCCCUACACCAGAGUAAUUUAAGUAACUUUGGCUGCUUGCUGCGACACCCGCGAACAAUUACUCGGUUGCAAAUCGUCGACUUGUCCGGUUCACAAGAAUGCUCGCGAAUUUGCGUAGUGUAGUGGAGGGGCGACCCAGCUGCUCGUGCCAUCGGCCAUCGACAGCUCCAGUCCGGCCCAGCGUUGCAUACCGCGGGUCGGCGCGGCGACGAGGCUAUGCGGUUGUGGUGCGGGCGGAUACGGACUACUAUGAGCUCUUGGGAGUACCACGCACAGCCGAUAAAAAGACUAUUAAGCAAGCGUAUCGCCAAAAAGCACGCAAGUUUCACCCGGACGUCAAUAAGGAGGCGGGGGCUGAGGACUUGUUUAAGAAGAUUGGCGAGGCAUACGAGGUGCUCUCCGAUGACAACAAAAAGGCCAUAUACGACAAGUACGGAGAGGCGGGGCUCAAAGGCGGCAUGGGCGGCAUGGGCGGCGGGCCGGGUGUGGAGUUCAGCAACCCGUUUGACCUCUUCGAGUCGUUCUUCGGCGGCAUGGGCGGCAUGGGGGGAAUGGGCGGCAUGGGGGGAAUGGGCAACAUGAGCGGCUUCGCGCGCCGGCAACGCAGAGUGGAUGGAGAGGACGAUAAGGUUGACUUGCAGCUGGACUUCCUGGAGGCGGUCUUCGGCUGCAGCCGCGAGCUGGACGUGGAGCGGCUAGCAGAGUGCGAGGAGUGUGGUUCCACGGGUGUUCGCAAGGGCACGCAGCCCACCCCCUGCUCCGUCUGCCAGGGCUCCGGCCAGGUGGUGCAGGCGGUGCGCACCCCGCUGGGCACCUUCCAGCAGGUCGCCUACUGCAGCCGCUGCGAGGGCGAGGGCAGCAGCUUCACGCCCUGCAGCAAGUGCGGCGGCGAGGGGCGCGUGCGCGACACCAAGCGCAUCAGCCUGCGGGUGCCGCCGGGGGUGGAUGUGGGCAGUCGGCUGCGGGUGCGCGGCGAGGGCAAUGCGGGGCGGCGGGGCGGCGAUCCGGGCGACCUGUUUGUGAACAUCAGCAUCAAGGAGCACCCGGAGCUGCGGCGGGACGGGACCAACAUCCACAGCGAUGUGGAGAUCAGCUAUGUGGACGCGAUCCUGGGGACUCAGGUCAAGGUGACCACCGUUGACGGCCCCGUGGAGCUCAAGAUCCCCGCCGGCACGCAGCCGGGCACCAGCCUGCUCAUGGCUCGGCGGGGGGUGCCCAAGCUGGGCAACCCCAGUCUGCGGGGCGACCACAUGGUUCACGUGCGGGUGCGCAUCCCCAAGGCGGUGGGCGCGGAGGAGCGCAAACUGGUGGAGGAGCUGCGCGAGCUGCAGAGCAAGAGCAGGCUGGGGCCAUUCAGGUUCUGAGGAGGGGAGGAGGAGGAGGAGGAGGAAGAGGAGGGAGCUGUAUGAGGAGGCCCUCUGAGGAGGGGGAGGGAGGGGGGACGGGUGGUGCGGUGUGUGAACAGGGAAGAAAUAAAUGAAAAGUGAAGCAACACGGAGUCCCCAUCCCAUAUCCCGAUGCGUGAGGAGGGAGAAAAGCGUUGGAAGGUUAGUUCUGAGCAGGGCUGCUGAGGGGGAAUGGAGGGUCGGUUUGGGGGGUGGGGUUUGGGAGAGGUCAUGAGGAGAGGCGUUUCGCAGGGGCGGACCCACGAGAUGGGAGAGAGGAGGUGGUGGAGGAGGGUUGGUUAUUCAGGUUGGGAGGUGAGUCGGUGACCAGCUGGGCUGCCGGGUUUGCAGUACGGCAUGUGCCCUCCCUCUUAACAUUUCUUGUGAAGCAAGAGUGGUGGUUGGUUAUACCAACGUUUCUGGUAAAGCAAGGGCGGUGGUGGUUGGCUUUCCCGGUUCCGAGGUCGGGGACCAGGAAUGCUCGUAGCCAGUGGGUGGGGAUCCGGGUUUCGGAGUGGCCGGGUGUUUCCUGUGGCAGCGGCAGCAGCAGCUCAGACGGGUUGCCUUCAACAUACCGGGGGACGUGGGGACAGUCGGUACAGCAGCUUUUGACGGGUUGCCUUCAAACAGGACAGGACGGGGCGCAUGUGGGAGGUGCAGCUAUCUAUUCAGGUUGUAGUGCUCGGGAUCUUCUGUCGUAUGCUCUUGCCGUACGCUACAGCCUCCGGGUGUGCUGUUGCUUAUACCGCUAUUGUGGGUUCGGUGUACUUCUUACAUGAAGUGUGUGUGUGUGUGUGUGUGUGUGUGCUUGCUUGGUGGGUCCCGCGCCGUGCUGAGCCCCGCGGUAAAAGCUUGUAACAGUGUGUGCAUGCCGGUGCCCGUUGUUGGAAUCCCUGCCCAGACCGGCUCUUUGCUGCCCAGACCGGACCUUUCCCGCCGGCAGGGAAAAGGAGGACAGGGGAAUGGAUGAGGCUGGUAGGACACACGAGACAGUCCUUGCCGUGAAGGAGGAGGAGGAGGGGAGAAGGCCUGUGAAUCACCGUGGCUAGUGUGGGCCCCCGCUCCAUCCGUUGGCGAGUGAGUGCCCCCCUUCCAAUGCAACGCUAUGCGGCUGUUACUGCCGGUGCUGUAACUUGUAGCAGCGUGGUCUACCGGUAAUGAGAACUACUGGGUACCGUAUUGUUGGUGUUUGUUCAGAG